GGGAGAGGGAGAGCGAGUGGAGAGCAAACGUGAGUCGAAUUUCGAGGCUUGGUCUGAAAAUGCAAUUCGUUCCACGGCGCCAACGAGGAAGCCGCGAACGCGUGACGCAACGCGACUCGACGCGUCGCAGUGGAGGUUCGGUUCCUUCUCAACGCGUUUGCCGACGUCGUUCACUCUGCAAGCCACAUCGCUAGUUUCUUCGGAUGUAAGUUCGAACUUAAUAUUGUGUUGUAGCUUCGAAGGCGUGUUCUCAAUGGUGGUAUAUGGAAAGACCCGGCGGGAUGGGAAUGAGUCCAGGCGUGACGGCUGGCAGCAAAGUCGCAGUCAACCUCUCGAGGCAGUCUCCGAAAAGAAGCACGUCCGACUUUCAUAAAAGCCCGCCGCCUCCCGCUUCUCCAAUCCCCACCUCUCUCCCCCCUACCACUACCAUCUCGUUGUCUAUUUGCUGUCUUUGCCCUUCUAAUCCACAUUACUACCACACAUUAUGAAACUUUCAUCCAACUCCUCCCUUAUCCUCGCAACGCUUGCCAGUUCUGGCUCGCUGUCGGUGUUGGCUGCUCCGGCCGACGGUAGCGGCGACUUUGGUGCCAGCGCUCUUACGUCCAUCGCUGACCCGAUCCUCGCUGCAGGUGACCUAGGAGGUCCAUCCGCGGAACGCCGAGGAAUUGACAUUGAUGCUACGAUUAAGUCGAUUCCAAUUGUUGGACCCGCGGUUGAACCGAUCGUCCUGGGUGUCCUCGAUGCUCUCGGUCUCGCACCCAAGGGUGCUGCGACUGCAAAGUCCUCUUCUCUCAAUGCCGACCAGCUCUCAGCGAUCAAACAGGCAGUCAGCAAGGUGGCAGGCAGUCUCCCGCUUCCGCUUCCCCUCCCGCUACCUCUUCCGGGAGCUGGCGCCCCAGCUAAUGCUCGCGCUGCUUUCGCAUUGAACGACCGUGAGGCCACGACAUCUACAUCGUCCACGGAAUCUGCAAAUCCAAGCUCGUCCGAUGUCCCUCACUACUCUCAUCAUGCCGACUACCCGGCGUCGUCAUACGCUGCAGAAGCCGCAGAACCUACAGCGCCAGAUGGACCUCCCUCAAGCCCCCCUUUGCCGACAGGUAUCCUCGGAAGCCUUCCUUUGCCGACAGGUGUUCUUGGAGGCCUUCCUUUGCCAUCAGGUGUCCUCGGAAGCCUUCCCUUGCCAACAGGUGUCCUCGGAGGCCUUCCUUUGCCAAUAGGUAUUUCCGGAGGCCGUUCAGUCCCAGCAGGUGCCAACCCUAUAUCUCCUCCUCUUCCGCCCAAUCCCCCCAACACUCCUUCCUCAGGUACCCCCAGUGCCGAUGCGCAUGAACCUUCAUCUUCAACGGCUUACAACAGCACUGCGCCUUACGCCUCUACCCACGGAUCCUCCAACGCCGCUCCUUCCAGUUCGACCGACAGGGCGUGAGAGGUGAUGUGCGGGACAACAUGGCUUGCGACUUGACGAUUCGGUUGUUUGUAUUUCAUAUACCCUACAUCUCUACUAUACAUAUACCCACUUAAAUACAAUACUGUAACAUCCUAUAUCCCAUUCAUUCUUCGCUUUCGUAUAUAACACACACAUGCAGCUCUUAUCAUAUUGGUAUGUCUAAGAGUAAUUAUUGUUGG